AUGGCUCCAAAGACUAUUUGCAAGCAGACAGUAAAGUUUCAACGUCGUUGUGGCCACUUUGAGAUGGUCAGAUGUGAGCGGGCAUUUGAGCUUGCGCAGAGUCCGUCGCGCGGCCAGGAACAAGUUGUGUUGACGAAUCCGGAAUGCGGUCAUGAAUACUCUACGACGUGUUUUGAAGGAAAAAGACUCCAGGAUAAGGUCGCACAAUGGUCGAAGAAGAUGGAAGAUGUUGAUCCGUUGGAAAUUUGCAAGAGGGUGAUUCUAGCAAGUAUCGUAAUUGCGAGCUCAAUAUCCAAUGCAGUCGUGAAGUGGUGUACAUUCGUGCCUGUGGUCACAAGGCAAAUAUGA